ACCCCCACGCCGCGCCCGCUCCGAAACGUGAGGUCCCCAACUUUAAACCUAUAUAAACCGAAAACCGCGUGGCCGACGUAAUAUUGUCCCAUCUGACGAAGAGCUGUGAACUGGUCCGAACACAGAAACCAAACAAACCAUGGCGUUCACAAUUUUUGGAGUUUCGGCAUGCCUAUUAUUGGUUGUGAACACUGUCACACCUAUCUCUGUACCUUCGUACCCAUCUUCGUCGUAUCCUUCGACUACAUCAUACAACUCAGCUCCCGCAUAUACGCCAGCUCCUCCAUCAUACAGCCCAGCACCGGCCUACAAACCAACUCCAUCAUACAGCCCUGCUCCGUCAUACAAAUCGACCCCGUCGUACAGCCAAGCCCCGGCCUACAAGCCUGCUGGUCCAGCCUACAAACCAACCCCGGCUUAUAAAUCAGCCCCGGUUUACUCUGCUCCGUCCUAUUCUGCCCCAUCCUACUCUGCCCCGUCAUACUCUGCCCCGUCAUACUCUGCCCCAUCCUACUCUGCCCCGUCAUACUCUGCACCGUCAUACUCCUCCCCGUCCUACUCCGCACCGGCACCGUACAAAUCUCAAGAGCCCGAGUACCCGGCCAAGCCGUACAACUUCGAAUACUCUGUCAACGACUACAACACCGGAGAUGUCAAGAGCCAAGCCGAAUACAGUGACGGAAAGAACGUCAAAGGUUACUACAGCCUGAUCGAGGCCGACGGAACCAAGAGGAUCGUCGAGUACACCGCCGACGAAUACGGUUUCAACGCUGUUGUCAAGAAGGAAGGCACUCCGUCGUACGGCGCUGCCGCUCCGGCUUACAAGGCUCCGGCUUACUCACCGGCCCCGGCUUACUCGGCUGCUCCAGCAUACUCGGCUGCUCCAGCAUACUCGGCUGGCCCAGCUUACCCAGCGGCCCCGGCUUACCCAGCGGCCCCGGCUUACCCGACCCCCGCCUACUAACGAGUCCCUCGCAAUGACUGUUCACCCAUGAUUUAACUAUGCAGACGUCGCCCGAAACAAAUGGCGAACGAUCGAAUAAUAAUAAUAAUAAUAAUAAUACGUCACAUUGAUAUUAUGCUGUUCGCACAUAAUAGUUUGAUCUUGUACCAUCGUCGUUACACGGUUUUGUAUAGCACGUACAAGCACGUUUUACGUGCGAGUGACAAAGCAAUAUUAUUAUUAUUACUAUCGUUUAUUUAUUUUAUAAGUCUUCCUAAUUUUUUUAUAUAUAUUUUUUUUUAUUAUUUUAUAUGGUUUACAUACUAUUGAUUUGUUACUUCUGUGUUUUUCCUACUCUAAUAAAUAUUAUAGAAAAUUA